AUGUUUCGAAAGAUCGUGGCCAUCUCGAUUCUUGUGCAGAUCGACGCCGUUACUUACGGUAGCAGACCAGCACCGAGUCCAAGUCGCCGUCCCGCCGUGGGCCAGCCGAUAUUUGCUGGUGCUGCAAGCGACAUCGGUGCGAUCCGACAGAAUCAGUCGACCAGCGAGGUGCUCUGGGCUAUCGGCUUCCAGAGUCCAGACGAGAGCACCCACACAACCCAGAGCCGGACAAACCUUGGAUACAAUCGCAUCCUAUCGUCAUCGCUCGACAAUACUCACCUGGCUUCGUCUGUAUCAGCAACGCCCGUUUGCCUGCUGAUCUGCGAGAUGUGCUCGAACGACUGGGCUGAUGAGCGAUCCCGACCGGAUCGGCGAGCGGCCGCGGCGGCUCCGUCUCUGGAUCGGCGACCGCCCCAGCCAUUGUUAGGGCGGGUGCAGAUGGCCUCAGAGCCUGGAUCGCAGCAACGACCCGACAGGCGCCCCACCGCCCCAACGAGCGCUGAUCGCAUGGUGUCGCUCUCGUUUCUGGCUCCUCUGGCCGCCGAGGUUUGCCCUGAUCUCAUGGCCCGAGCUAUCCAUGCAUCGCUUCGUCUCGUCCCGUCCAGGCUGUCGGCAUCUCCUUCGACACCGACUGCUCUCGGCAUCGACAUCGGUGGCGUCCGGGCCGGGGGCCAUCAGCAGUCCAUCGCUAUCGCUGUGCAGUCCAUUCUGCUGCAUGUGCAUAUCUGCUAUCGAUCCACAGCACCCGUCCUCCGUCACUACAGCAGCGGCUCUGCCCAUGAGACUCUUGUCGCCGCCGAGCCCGACCCCAGCCUCGAAAGCUCAAUCGAUUUCGUGUUGCGGGAAAGCGCCGGCCUCACUUUCGCCGAGAUCGCCGACAACCCCCUGAUCCAAGCCCAGAUCGAGACCAUCGUCGACAGAGUCGAUAUCGCUCUAUCCCGCUGUCCCGAAUCACUCGAUCGAGUCUACCUCAGGCUGCCCGAGGUACUUUUGUGCUCCAAGCAAGCUCAUAGAGACACGAUCUGCCGACUCGCCGAUGAACGAACCGGCCGAGGCAAGCCCGUCGACGCCAAGCACUUUGCAGUCUGGAUAUCAAAGUGUGGUGCGAGCGAUCCCACAGAGGCCGAAGCUGUCUUCCAGCGGGCUCUUGCCUCGGAUGUCCUCAGCUCGCAAGCAGGCGUCUCUGUCGUCCUUGCCCUCAUGAGCAACUACCGGCACAACGGUCGUCCACGCAGGUUGAUCCGGUGCUUCCGCAAUAUGCUCAAGAACGGCCUUGCCCCAACAGCACUGGGCAUUCACUUCGUCAUCGAGGUCUACCUGGCGAUGAGCAAGUCAUCCGAACGAGCCGUUCAGUUCUUUACCGAAAUGGUCGAGAUCCAGGCUCUCUCUGGCGAACUGGAUCCGCCGAUGCGUCUGCCUGGAUACGAAUCCUUUGGGUUUCUCCCCAACACCACCACCUUCAACCUCCUCCUCGCAGGGUCAGCCAAAGAUGGAGCCGUCGAUAGCUCCGUCCGCCUCUACAACACUAUGCUCGCCACUGGAGUCAAGCCCACGCUCCAAACCUUUUCCCAUUUGUUCGACGCCUUUGCUGCUUCUCUGGAUGUUCGUGGAGCCAAGCAUGUUCUGGACCGUCUCGUGUACAUGGGCUAUUCCCCCGAUCGAGCAAUCUACGCCAAGCUCAUCCAGCUGCACGUCAAGAGGCGGGAGAUGGCUCUGGCGCUCGAUGCGUGCUCGGUAAUGGAAGAGCAAGGUCUUGGUCUCGACGUUGGCAUCUUUGGUCUUCUCAUUGAUGGCUAUGGCGUCGUUGGCGAUCUGCAAAAUGCCGAACGAUGCUUCUCGAGGCUUCUGGAGUUGGACAUCCAGCCGACGCCCGAAGUAGUUCAUGCCCUGAUUCGAGCCCGAGCGGCCUCUGGAAAGAUGGACAGUGCACUGGCCUUGUUCGAUGAAUACUUUGGCGACAAAUCCGACUGGACACCGGGUAUCGAGGUGUAUACCACCAUGAUCGAGGGAUUCUGCAACAAGGGCUUGCUGGAAGAUGCAGACAACUGGUGGGAUCGAAUGCGAGAGUCCGGUAUCGUCCCGUCGCUCGAGUCUUACACGGCCCUGAUUAGGGGCUACGUCGUCUUGGGUGCUCGCGACGAAGCCAUCCGAUGGAUCCGGACCCUCAGGGACAGCGGCAUCACACCCGACGUCGCUGCGUACAACACCAUCAUCGCAGCGUACAUUCAGACCAAGGACUUUGCGCAAGCCAACCAGUGGAUCCAACUGCUCCUCGAGACGCCGACUCUCAAGCCUCAGGUAUCGACGUUCGAGACCAUUCUCGAAACGCACAUUGCCACCAGCAACUAUGUCUCGGCCAUCAUGCUCUACGACUUGAUGAAGAUGCUGGGCGUCCAGCCCUCCGAACGCAUAUACCGGUUGCUGAUCCACGAUUCGGCUGAGAGUAUCUCCUCGCUGCCGUCCAGGCGACGCUUCCAGGCGACAUCGGAUGCCCGCGACUCGGUUCGGGACUACCAAUUCGAUGUCAAUCGUGCGUGGACCCUGCGUCCGCGGCACUCGGUUCUCACCCAGUCGCUUUUCAACGAGGGGCUGAUCUUUACCAAAGUCAAGCUGGCCUAUCGCGACUAUCGAGCAUCGCUGGCAAAGCAUGCCAUUCCCCAGAUCUCGCCCAUCUUGAUCUAUCAAGGCAUGAUGAAGCACCUGGCUUCUACUCAGCGCUUCGAGUACGAAGGGACGGGGAUUGUCCUGGACAUGAUCGAGGACGGUAUCUGCCCCGACCAAUUCACAAUAGCUCAGUACUGCGGGAGCCUUGUGCAAGCAAGCGGAUGGCUGCACGCUUUCCAGCAUGCCGACUCGCUGCUCCUCACGAUCAACCGUCGCCUGAGCGAGUCCCUGGCAACUCCCUGCGCCGCGAGUCCAACGGAGUGGUUUUCUUCGUGGAAUUCGCCCUCCUAUGUUGAUCGUAUCAGGAUUGAUGAGUGUCUGCUGUCCUGUCUGCUGGCACAUUACGGUUCGUGUCAUUUUGGGCCAUCCGGGACCGCAGUCGAAGGCUCUACAUCGGUCUUUCGAGACGAAGGCCCUCCCUCUACCUCAGAUAACGCAUCCGCCGCCGAAACCUCUCUGGAGCUACUGCAGCACCAAUAUGAUAUCGAGCAAGCAACUCGAUAUUUCUUCCGCGACAGGGCGACACAGCGGUGGCACUUUGAUGAUGAAGUGUUUGCUUCACCCGAGAAUCUCUCCGAGUUUUGGUCGUCCAUACUCCGCCUUCACUCGCCACAACUCAUGCCUGGGCCCACUCGAGUUCGCUCGGCGGACCAUCCACAUUUGACUUUUGAGUCUGCUACUACCUCCGUGAAUCAACCAAACGCAUCGCUUCCGGGAGCCGGCCAUGUGUACCGAGCCACAAGCCAUGCUGCGGCCUCAUCAAAAGAGUUUAUCGAAGCUCUGGCACUGUUGUCAAGCCGCGCUGGAGAUCGCCCAGACCUACCCCUCCGAGCGUCAUGUCUCCAGCUCUCAGACACAGUGGCUCAUUUCUUGGUGUUCCUGCAUGGCAUGCUCCGACUCUGUCGACUGCACGGAUACCAGGAGCUCCACUGGAAAAUCAUUGGCGACUUGGACGCCAUGGGCUAUGAGGUUAACGAAAUCGAGCUUGACAAGUAUAUUCAAUCGAUCUGUUCUGGUGCCAAGUCGGCCUCUGGAUAA